GUGGAUAAUUAACUUAAAGCCCCGUCAUACCGUGAACUACGGACUCCAAACGGAGUUAUUUUCAUUGUGGAGUUUAAUUUACAACAAAACGAUUAAACAUUGGCUUUCGAGCGGCUGUCGGUUGAGGAGCUUGGAUUGAUGUCUCAAGUCUUUCGCCGGGCUGAUGAUGUUCAUGUAUUACGAGGGAUAUCUCCUGACUCCCAAUGAGGCGUUAGCGAUCGUCUUUCUCAUUUUUGGAUUUUACACUGUUGUCGGAAACGUGUUGGUUUUUAUUGUGUAUAUCUUAGACCCAGGUAAGAAACUUCGUCGAGUGUCUAACUCCUAUUUUGUGAUCAGCUUGGCUGUGGCGGAUAUCCUCGUUGGGAUCACUGUGGAACCUAUAAACGCGGCGAGUUAUUGGACUAAUAACCAUGGUGUUCUCUUUAGCUAUUUCAUCUUCGCCGUUCUCUCGUGUGUUUGCUCUAUUGCGAACAUCUCUGCCCUGAUGGCAGAUAGGUUUCUCGCCGUUUGUCGACCGUUUCAAUACCGAUCGCUGGCGUCGCCGAAUCGCGUUCGUUUGGCGUUAUUACUUAUCUGGUUGUUCUCCAUCCAUUUUUCCAUCUUGCCCCUUAUCGGAUGGCGCAGCGCAAGCUUUCAAAUCUACCUUUACGGCUUGGGAGUUCUAUUACCAGCAACACUAAUGCUCAUCUCUUACUAUGGGCUGCUGCGCGCACUGAAAAAAAAAAUGAUUAAUGUGAAAAGUUAUACUGAUCGAAAAAAAGUCACCCACGUCAAAAAAACGGUAGCUCGAGAGCGCAGAGUAUCCACGACAGUUUUCAUCAUGCUGUUAGUUUUCCUUGUCGCUUGGGGUCCGUGUGUGAUAAUAGAUUUUGUUCUGGUGUUCUGCGAAAGUUGUCGCUCAGAAAAGCUUCUUCUCGCGCGAGAUGUAACAUUAACGAUAGGGUUUUUCUCGUCGGGAAUAAACCCGGGUUUGUAUGCGUGGCGGGUUCCGAAUUUUAGGCACGGGCUCAUGCUUUUAUUUCAACGAGGAAUUAAGAAAAAAUCCAGACUCGUCCAAGUUGUUCCUUUAGAAAAAGAUGGUCCAAGUGGUGUUAUGGACUCACACAGUUCCAUUACAAAGAGCAACAUUCACGAUUUAGCUUUCAACGUGAGUAAAACACAUAAAGAAACUAUCAAUUCAGUUUGAAGUCAUUAGAUAUCCAAUCUUAGUUUAUUUUUAAUUUUCUUGACGAUGCAGGUU